AUGACGGUGAAACCACAGUUGCAUUUUCAUAUGGAUAUGGAACCUGAGAAUGAUUGUGCUUGGAAGCCAAAACAGGGAAUGACAUUCGAUUCUGAACAAUGUGUGUAUGAUUUUUAUAAUACAUAUGGAGGAAGAAUGUGGUUUAGCAUAAGAAGGGAUUUUUGUAGGAAGAACAAGUUCACUAACCAACUUAUUUGUAGACUUUUGGUUUGCAACAAUGAGGGAUUUCGGAAGGGUGACAAACGAGACCCAUCGUCAAAAAACCCUAGAGCUGAAACUAGGACCGGUUGUGAGGCUCGACUUUAUGUCAAAUUAGAUGAGGGUACUGGGAAAUAUGUUGUGACUGAUUUCAAAGAAAAACACAACCAUGAUCUUGUAUCACCCGAGUGUGCCCACAUGUUGUCGUCACAAAGAAAGAUAUCGACUACCCAAGCAAUUGAGUUAGAUUUGGCGGCACAAUCUGGUCUUCGUUGA